AUGGGUCCAGCUUGGUUCCGUCAGGGUGAUUUGAACAAAAUUCGUUCUUGGCAAUCUUUUAACAUUACAAUCAUUACAGAAUUUCAAAAAGUGCUAGGAUCAGAACUUGAAGCAUGGAGUUAUUGCAUAGCCAUGUGUGCCAGCAAGCUUGUGGGAAGAGAGAACCACAAAAACAAUGGAAGAACGUAUGUGACAUGGAUUUAUUAUGCCACAAAUUUCGCUGAACUUAUAUGGAGAGUGGUCUUUAAUCUAUCAAUCUCGACUAGAACCCAGGAUAUUGUGGAACUGAUCACUGGAGAAGAGGCUAUCCAAACAAACCAGUCAUUUAGUCAUGAAAGCUUAGUUCUUUGGGCAAGGUCUCUACUCAGCUUUGGCCCGUGUGAGCGUCUAGUAGAUCCUCACCUGAACGAAGACUGCAACAAAUACGAGAUGAAGGCAAUGAUGAUUGCAGCACUCCUCUGCCUCGUGCAUUCAUCCUCUAGGAGACCAUCAAUGAAAACAGUGGUUGCACGGAUGAUCCAAAUUGAAUGGGACAUGAUUGGAAUGGUAAAUGAGGUAAAUAAGGAGGCCAAAGAGGCUGGACAUAAGGGAAUAAGUCGUAAAAACAGCUUGGAUAACUGGUUCCAUGGUAAUGAACAACGUCUAGGAGUUUAG